AUGAAACAUAUGGAAAAACAGAGUUUUGGAGGUCUCUUGACCAACCAAACACCACCCCAAAAAUAGCACGGCAAAACGCAACCGCUACCCUCCUGAAAUCCACCCCUGCUGCCACUAUAACUUCAAAACGGAAUGGCAACCUCAACUUUACCAACUUUAGGAUAGGUCCAACAGAACCCAUUUUGCUUGCCUUUUACCAGCACAACAUCAUCCCCUGAAAAAGCAGGCUCCGGCUCCUCGCGAAUUUCAGUUUCCGGAUUCGCUUUCAUUUCCUGCACACAGACAUGAACGGACUCAGAAAAUUGAAGAAGGGGAUCAGCGGCAAGCGAGGCGACCCCCACGUCGCCCAACACGGCCAAACUCCAUAUGAUGAAUGGGAGGAGCAACAACGAUAUUAUUCGCCUUCACCUCCUUCACCGCGGGCGCCACCGGUGAGCCCCACGGGGUCGCCAAAGACCCCAGGAGGGAGCCAGAAGAAGCCAGUGCUGGGCAAGGUAAAGAGCAAGGCUAAGAAAUGGAUGCACCUUCUGCAUCACAAAAAGAAGCUUCCCUCGCACGAUGAGAUGAUGAUGUGGACACCACGUAUCGGGCCCAGCUCGGAUGACAGCUACGGCAGGGGGGGACAAUACGAUGAUGAUGAGCGCCUUGGAACCCCAAGCACGGCACUACACCCAUCUUCAUGUAUGCUAAGUUCAAAUGAAACACCACCUUUCGAACCUGAGGUCUACGUGCAAGCAUCAUCAAGGCAGAACACGCCAGCCCCGAGCCCCACCGCUUGCCAGGAACAACCAUUCUUCAAGGUCAGCAGCAGGUUCGAGUCAGAAAUGAAGGAAGCCAAUGAAAUGCUGAUGGAAUCGAAGAAGCUGCGGGUCAAAACAUCCAAGCAGAAGACCGUGACAUUUGCACCGAUACUAGAAUACGGGCCAGAAAUUGAAAACAAAGUCUGGAGCGACAAGGAACGCCCUGAAUCGACAACCGAGAUAUUCAGAAAGGCAUGUGCUACAGUAUUCCAGGCUGCCCUCAAGAUGGUCUCUAGAAUCCAAGAUACAAUGGUAGCAUACAAUAUCGACAAAAGGCACAUGGUAGAGAUAUUAGUAUCAGUUAAUAGAUACCUUCUGCUCAAACUGGAGCCUAGUCCAGAUGACGAAGCACUUGCGGAAGUUAUCACUGAGGCUGCCCUAAAUCUGUUAGACGCGUGGACUGAGAAUGUUGAAAGGCCUUUGAUGCAGAGGGCAAAGAAAAUCUCUUCUUGGUUCCUGCAAGAAGGGAGAGUAGAAUUACCUCCUGUUUCGCUGUCUACACGUCCUUGUGCUGCAGAAGGUAAGCCACUAUUGUGCAAGGACGGACAAUCCUAUCUGCAAAAAUAUGUUACCGAACACUAUAUUAGCUAACUGGAAACUUAUGACAUGCAGAUGCAGAAGAGUUCUAUUAAUUAGAGGAUUAACUACUGCUUGAAGCAAGAGAUGAACACAGUGACACGGCAUCAGUAGAGAGUUAUUCACCUUACAGUAUAUAGAUGCUGGAGGUGAAGACCAAGAACAUGCCCCGAGUAAUGCUUUGUUCGUAGAAUUGAUAGUAAAAACAUCUUGUGUGUUGUAAAACGAAACCAAAGGGGGUUUCUUUCCUUUGUACAGGAGAGUAAAGUAAAGGACUACAAUCUUGAUCAAGUUCCUCUUCAGAUAAACCUCAGCACUAUGAUUCUGUCACAGAUUCCAUUGACAAUAACUGAACCAAAAAA